AUGAAGUCGACAUUAUCCCGUCCCAACUGUGUGCGUGUGUGGGUGGGAGUGCUCGCAUCGAGCACGCCCGUCUCCGGAGACCCCGCGGUGGCAACCGAAACCCUCGAGAGGGCAGUCCCGGAGACUGUGAAGCCGGAGUCCGGGGAGCCCGAGGCUGGGCCCAAGGCCCCGAAGCCAGAGCAGCAGGUGUUGGCUGAGCUCAAAGUGCCGAGUGAGGACCAGGCAGCGGUCGUGGCCACUGCGCCUGUUGCGGCCCAGGCGGCGGCCGUGCCUACUGAGUCGGUUGAGGACAAGGCGGUGGUCGAGAAGAAGCCGGAGGAAGAGUUGCCGCCAAUGAAGCCGAUGGCGGAGGCACGGGGCUACUGGGACUCUGACGACGUGCCCUUCAUGGCGCGGUAUCUCCAGCUACCGCGGGCCGUGGGCACGUGGCAGGCCGCGCUCACUGCACACGCCAUUUCAUCCGACCUUGUCUGGUUCGCGGACACAGCCCUCAGCUUCAAGGACAACGCCACCGCCACCAAGCACAGUCUUUCCACGCUUCAGAAACCCGACGACUCCAUCAUCGCAAUCGCCGCCCAGUGGCAAGCUAAACUCGAGUUCGCCUGGAACAGAACCAUGCGCGAUCAAAUCGAGGCCUACCUCUAUCGCAUGGACCGAGAACUACAGACCAAAAUCGUAGCUUCUAGAACUCAAGCGGCCAUGAACAUCAUCCGAGACAUCGCCGGCAUGGUCAGUCUCAUCCAACACGUCGCCGCCAACGAUCUCAAACAAGAUGAACAAGACGUGCCACAAGACGUGCCACAAGACAGCGUGCCACAGGACAGCGUGCCACAAGACAGCACACCGUGA